AUGGCCCGUCUCGCCACCCUCGCCGUGCUCCUACUAUCCCUCCUGGCCGUCGCUAGCUGCCGCGUCCUUGAGACCAUCUCCGACGACCAGGGUUCAUCCAACUCCGUCCUCCUCACCCAAGAUGAUCAGGCGGAGGCUGCUGUUGCUGAGGUGACCCUUCCGGCUUUGCCCACCACGGCCGUUGCCGUGGACGAGGGCAUGCUCCGGCUCCCCUCCCACCGCCGCCCCUGCCACCUCCACCGUCACCUCUGGUGGACGCGCCACCACGGCCUCUCCCACCACCGGGGCGCGUUCUCCGGCUCGGGCGAGGCUCGUGUCCAUCCGGCCGUCGACGUCGUCGUGCCCACCGAGCUUGCCCGCGAGGAACAGCAAGAGCCUAGUGUGCCGGAGCUGGAGGCGGUCGCGGAGCCUGACCCCGACUCACGCCCGGACACAGACGCGGCAGAGAAGCUGUUUCAUGGCGACGAGGAAGAGGCAGCGAACGCGUGGAAGGUGGAGAUGCUGAGGAGGUUCCGCCACGGCAUCCGCUUUCACCCCCGCCACCAUCUUCACCACCAACACGAGCAAGACGGGGAGGAGCACGACGACCACGAGCAGGACAAGGAUGAAGGCACGAGCAUGAACCUGUUCGGGCGCUUCCACCACCGCCACCAUCUUCGACACCACCACGAGCAGGACGCGGAGGAGGAGGACGGCCACCAGCAGAACAAGGACGAAGGCCCGAAGAUGAAGCUGUUCCGACGUUUCCACCACCACCACGCGCACGACAGCGACAACGAGGUCGACGAGGUGGAAGAACUGGCUAGGAAGCUGAGCCAGGCGAUCAUGAGAAGGAGCUUCAGCCAUGGCAGCCGCCGCUACCAGCACCACCACCACGGCGCGGAGGGCGGGGUGAAGAAGUGGUUCAAGGGCCUCGUGAACCGAUUCUAG